GAAACUUUGAAAGAAGAGGGAAGAAGGGAGUCAGUCAUAUGAACGUCCACCAUGAAGAACCUCCUGCAGACCUGGACGUGGGUUUUUAUCUCUGUACUCCACACUAAUGAAGCCAUUAUGGGGGCCUCCGUAGUGUACGUGCCUGAGGAGCACUUCCUGUUCCUGGCAUGCAGACGUGGUUCAGAUGUGGAGUGGACGCAUGAAAUCGUGAGGAUCAAUGCAACUAAACACAUGAGCAGUGAGUCUCGGCUGGACUGGAGCAAAUACCAGCUCCUCCCAGACGGAACUCUCUACAUCAGAAAGCUGGAGAAGUCGGACCGCGGACGAUACUACUGCAACGGCCAGCUGGUGGCAGAGGUCAUCAUACUCACAGGUGAGAGCUUUGUGGUUUCUGAGGGCAGUACUCUGUACCUGCCGUGUUCUUUCUCCGGGAAGCUCAAGCAGAGGUGGGCCUAUAAACACACAGCAGCCUCAAAGCGAGAGUACAUCUCCACCAUGCUUAAGAACGGGACGGUGACUCAGGAGAGAGAAGAUCCAGACAGCAGGUUCUUUCACUCUUACAACCACCUGCACAUCAACAACCUGCAGCUCUCUGACUCCGGCAUCUACCUGUGCAACGGCCAUGAGGUCGCUAAUGUUAUGGUCAUUCACACAGAGAGUGAAACUUUCCAGACUGCUACAACAGAUUCUACAGAAGUAGAAAAUAACGUCCCUUAUAUGCCUGAAAAUGCGACUCUGGUUCUUUUCCUGGCGUUCACUGUGCUGGCUGUGGUUGUGGUCACUCUGCUCUCCGUCAUUCUCUGUCUAAGGUUUAGAAGCAGAAGAAAAGAUCCAGCGCCCAGGCAGGAGGAUACUGAGCUGCAGCUGCAGAAGACUUCAGCUCGAGUUCUAGCAGGUCCGAAAAGGAGCCCCGGCGAUGAGGAGCAUUCUGUGCCUCUGACAAACCACUGUGAGAUCCAGUACGCGUCACUGGGAAGGCAAAACUGGAGAGCCAGAGGAUGGACACAGAACAGUGGGCAGCAGGUCAUCUACUCCACACUGCUGCAUGGUCCAACCAGCCCUCUACCCACUUCAUCAAUUACUCAGAGACUCUAGAUCCAGCUCUCCACCCAACUCAUCAGUUACGCAGACUCUAGAUCCAACCAGCUAUCUAACAAAAUAACAAUUACUCAGAGACUCUAGAACUAACCAAUUCUCUACCAAAUGCUUCACUUACUCAGAGACUUUAGAUACAACCAGUUUUCUAGCAAAAUUGUGAAUUACUCAGAGACUCUAGAACCACCCAGCUCUCUAAAAAACUCAUCAAUUACUCAGAGACUCUAGAUCCAACCAGCUCUUUAAUAAACUCAUCAAUUAUGCAGACUCUAGAUCCAACCAGCUUUCUAACAAAAUAACAAUUACUCAGAGACUCUAGAAUCAACAAACUCUCUACCAAACAGAACAAUUGCUCAGAGACUCCAGAUACAAUGAGCUCUCCCCCAAACUCAUCAAUUUAUCAGAGACUUUAGAUCCAACCAAUUCUCUACCAAACACAUCAAUUAUUCAGAAACUCUUGAUCCAACCAACUCUCUACCAAACUCAACAUUUAUUCAAAGAGUCUAGAUCCAACCAGCCCUCUACCCAACUCAUCAAUUACUCAGAAACUCUAGAUCCAACCAACCCUCUACCCAAUUCAUCAAUUAUUUAGAGACUCUGGAUCCAACCAACUCUCUCCCAAACCCAUCAUUUACUCAGAGACCCUAGAUACAAGUUACAUCAGGGGGCAGAACCUUCUCAUACAAAGCCCCCCAGCUUUGGAACAAUCUUCCAGUCAGUGUUUGGGACUCAGACACAGCCUCAGUCUUUAGGUCUGGGCUAAAAACUUACUUCUUUGGUGGAGGCAUUGGUAUUUAGUUUUCCCUGUUAGAGAAAAGGUGCAGAUCUAGGGGUUCAUGGUCAUAGAGUAGUCUGGUAAACUGGGAGUGUUGGUGCUGUCGUCUCACUGCUCUCACUCACUCACUCACUCAGGCUUGUUGACAGUGGAGUGGAGGGGCUCUGACAUCUCAGGUAGAAUCAUGUCUCUGUUACCUUUGUGGUUUCUCCCAUUUAGUUAGGCUGUAAUACCUAGACCUGCCGGAGUCUCUGUUGCCCUGUUAAUACUGUAAUCUGUGAUCGGUCACUCUUUACAGAACUAACUCUC